CACGCAUGCGAUCCUCGCUUAUUUACGACGAGCAAAGAAAAAUCAAGUGGAGGGAGAGUUUGUGACGUAAAGGAUGUACACGCGCGCGCGCGCGCGAUAUAAGUACUCACGUUUACAAAACAGCCGCUUAGUAGUUUGAAAACAAUCGUCUACCUGUUAAAGUUUCGAUCGCUAAUUGUGUUGCUCAGAAUUAAAACACGUUGCACGUUUCGUUACUGAAUUGUUACAUUGCACGUCGAAACUAUAAAUUCAUUCGAGUCGAAAGAGAGAUAGUCUCGUGUAUUCGAAUUUCUGUCGUGCAAAUGAUGUAGAAUUCAUCUGGCCGUUUGUACAAAUUUCAAGUUUUUAUAAAAUAUUCCUCGUCUCUGUUUAUAAGGUUUGCACGUGAAUGAAACCCAACAUGAAUACGUCUAAAAAUGAUUGGGAACCCAUGCGAGACGACAGUGAAUCGGAGAGUGCACCUUUGCUCUCUUCAGGAUCUCACACCAGUGUGGAACCUGCUAUAUUCGAGGACUCGGAGAUCAGUGACUUGGACUCUACUCCUACGAACAAUUAUUUCAAGUACGGUAGUCUAGAAAGCAGUUUGCAUUCUAACGUUACUGUAAUACCAAAGAGACCACCCCUUGUCGCAGAUACUUUAGUUUCACCUUUAGUACUAAACACAUCUUCCACAUUAAAUGUAACACAAGACAGAUGUUGUUAUGAAAUCCAUAAUUCUGAUCUGGUAUUCAAUAGUGAAAGAUACGCUCCAAACAGGAGGCCUUUUUCGAAUGAUUUUACAAACAAGAAUGAGCCUUAUUCGUUGCAACUGCAGGAAGAGACUGUGAGUAAAGACACGGGGCAAAACUCUCUAGUCACUGUAUUUUCGAUAUGGAACACGAUCUUGGGUUCCUCUUUAUUAACGAUACCGUGGGGUAUCCAAAUGGCUGGCUUUUUCCCUGCUAUUAUUUUAACACUCGUAAUGAGUGGCUUGUGUUUGUACACUGCUUAUUGCCUUUUACUAGUGCAUAGAUAUCACGGUGGGCAGAAAGGUGUGGAAGUAGUCGACUUGUGUCGCACGUAUCUUAAUAAAUGGGCAGAGUACGUUGCCAAGGCGUUUAGUAUUACUGUAUUACUCGGCGCGGUUAUUGCCUAUUGGGUACUAAUGUCCAACUUUUUGUACAAUUCUGUAAAUUUCAUUUAUGACAAUGUAGCGACUCGACAAUACUCUAUAAACGUAAAUAAUAGUUUAAACACAUCAGAAAUAUUGUGUCCAAAGGUAGUAAUUUACAACGGUACAAAUAGUACAGUGAUAAUUCACGAUUACACGUCGAGUACAUUGGGACCAGCCUGGGAUUUGUACAAAACAGUUCCCCUCUUCCUUGGCCUAUUAAUAUUUCCAUUGUUGAACUUUAGUAGCCCUACAUUUUUCACAAAAUUCAAUUCUCUCGGAACAAUGUCGGUCGUGUAUCUAAUCGUCUUUGUCCUGAUCAAGUCCGCAAGUUGGGGGAUUAACAUGAGCGAAUCCGAUUGGGAAGUCGGCUGGAUAUUGAGAUCCUCGUUUCCAGCACUGUCCGGGAUGUUGGCCAUGUCGUUUUUCAUUCACAAUAUUAUAGUCACCAUAAUGCAGAAUAAUCGUGAUCAAAGUAAAAAUGGACGAGACCUUUCGAUAGCGUAUCUGCUCGUUACGUUCACUUACAUCAUAGUGGGUGUAGUAUUUUACGUGUGCUUUCCGUUGAGUAAAGCUUGCAUCGAAGACAACAUGCUGAACAACUUUCAAAAAUGGAGCGGCUUGACGGUCGGCGCUCGGAUCGUGCUUCUUUUUCAAUUAUUAACGGUUUACCCGUUGCUCGCGUACAUGCUACGUGUUCAAUUGCUCGCAUCGAUAGAUAAAAGAUCCAGUAUGGGUUGCGUCGUCGUAGUAAACCUUGUAUUAAUAUCUGUAUGCAUUCUGUUUGCAGUAUUUGUACCGUAUAUCGGUACGAUAAUACGAUACACGGGUGCGUUGAGUGGAUUUAUUUAUGUCUUUACGUUACCGAGUUUAUUGUAUUUAACAAUCUUGAAAAAACAGGAUUCAUUGUCGAUAUUUUCGAUAGUCGUGCACACAACUAUUCCUAUAAUUGGAUUCUUGAAUUUAGUAGCGCAGUUUUUCAUUACAGAGAAGUAGUAAACUCGAUUCUGAAAUUUCAUUCCUGGCACGCCACAAUGCAAUAGACACGUGUUAGUAAACAUCUAUGGAUGAACAUGCCUACACGAAUGUAAAGGUAAUCUUGUAGUAUACAGAAUGCAUAGAGAGAUACCGACGAGAUACGGAUUUUUUUUAUAAAAUCUUUUAAAAGAACAGAAAGAUUAGUCAUUUGUGUCAAUUCUAAACAAGAUCUGAUGUAUACUCUGAUUUAUUUAUAACGAUAAACAAUAUUUACAAUGUAUAAACAUAAAUAUACAGAUCUCAUACCUAGGUACACCGGUUUUAA